UCUCUCUCUCUCUUCCGAGACAGGAGACAUGAGGUUCCGAGACACCUGUCAGCAGGACUACGCAUGCAGACGCUGUGCGAGCUGCAACCGGAGGCUGCGUGUUUAACCAUGGACGAGCUGUCGUCGUCGUUUUUAUCAUCAUUGUUUUUUUUGUAGCCUCUCGGUGACCGAGGAGCGGGAAGUUACUCUGCUGCUCCCUUCUCUUUUUUCUCUUUGUUAUCCUUUUUUUUUAAAUCCUCUUUUUCAUUUGAAUCGCAAGCCGCAUGAGUUCCCCGCUGUUUCUCGGUCAGCUGGUCGGGGUUCCGUUAGAAAUAAUGCACCCCACCAUGGAGAAAGACACCACUCACACCAAGAUCUUCGUCGGCGGGCUGCCGUAUCACACCAACGACGCCUCACUUCGGAAAUAUUUCGAGACUUUCGGGGACAUCGACGAGGCGGUGGUCAUCACGGACAAACAGACGGGCAAGUCCAGAGGAUACGGCUUUGUGACCAUGGUGGACAGGGGAGCGGCCGAGCGAGCGUGCAAAGACGCCAACCCCAUCAUCGACGGCAGGAAGGCCAACGUGAACCUGGCCUACCUGGGGGCGAAGCCUCGCAGCUCCCAAUCCAGUCUCUCUGUUGGAGUUCAGCAAGUCCAUCCCACGUGGGCUCAGAGGCAAUAUGGGCUCCAGCAGUACGUCUACCCUCAGGCCUUCCUCCACCCGAGCCUGGUGCUGCAGUCCCAGCUCAGCCCCACAGCGGCGGCCCCUUACCUGGACUACGGCUCCGCCUACAGCCACUACGCCCCCGCCGCGCUGGAGCAGUACCCCUACGCCCCGUCGCCCUCCGCCGGGUACCUCGGCUACAGCUUCUCCCCCGGCACGCCGGCGCCCGCCCUGGCGGCCUCCCCGGCCCCCGCGGCCGCCCUCCACCCUCACCUGGCCGCGCUCGCCGCCCCGCAGGCCUUCCUCCAUUACCCGCUGCACCCGCCCGACCGCAUGCAGUGAGCGGCUUCUGGGUGGAGCUGCUGCUGCCGCUGCUGGCGAUGAUUGAACUGAUGAUUCCGAGCCGCGUGACUGCUGACCUGUGACGUCAUCGGGACUGGUCAACCGGGGAGAGAGUGUGACGUGAUCCAAAGGGCUUUUAGAAAGCACUCAUUCCUCUUUUUUAAAACGUGUAUCUAUAUAUGUAUAGAUAUAUAGAUAGUUAUUGAUGUUGUAGUAGGUGAUGAAAUGUUCUAUUGCUACGGUCAUCAGCGCUGGAUGUGAAUGUUUUUCAUACGUGGCAGACGACUGGUAAUCUUCUGGACGUCGCGCUGACCCCGAGGUCGGCGGCGGGCCGACCGCUGGACAGCGCGCAGGUGAAGACAACGAGGAAUCCGUCAUGUUGGACGCUUUGAUGCUGCGGCUGCAGUUUCUCCAGAGGUACUGAGCGGGACGCUGGAUUCCAGCCGAGCCUGGAGGCCCGAUUACUUCCUCUUCAAGGUUACCUGUGUGUCGAUGGCCUUAGAGAUCUCCCUCUCUCUCUCCCCCUCUCUCUCUCUCUCCCUCUCUUUCUCUUUCUCUCUCUGUACCCGGAUCGCGUUGUGUUUGUCCAUUUUUAUUGGUCUCUUAUCUCAAUUCAACAAAAUGUUUAUUGUGCCCCCUUCUGUUCGUGAUAAUCACAGACUAACAGAAUAUGCAAUUACGAUGUAAAAGGAUGAGGCCAUUUUGUUUGUCGCAGAGAGAAAGACUUUCUUAACGCUAAAGACACAAUAGUUAUCAAGGAAAACGCCCGCAGCGGCUUAUUAGGCUCAUUUCUUUUCAGACCUGCAACUUUUUGGAGCAAGAGUGUGCGGAUUGUUUGUUUUUAAGAUACUUAAGAUUACAAAGUGGUCAAUGCAUAUCAAGUAAAUGUGUUUGUGUAGGUGCUGUCGUACUGGACGUGUGCGAGUGUGUUUGUGUGAGAGGGAAAUAGAGCGGCGUGGUGCGCGCCGUGUCAGGACCUUUUCCAGCCCAUUGUGCUGCUCAGAGUUGUGUCUUUGUUUCGUCUGUCUUUGUCUCUCUUUUAUUUUUUUCCAGCUGAGGAAUACAGACGGACACUUCAGCGACGAUAAUACCGGAGUCUCUUAGUAAAGUAAUAAACCAAGCCAUACGUCGCGUUCGAAACAAAUAUGCAAAAUAAAAAGGAACAUUUCUGAAUGAGACGUUUAUGGAGUGUUUUUAGAAUUACAGCAACUGAGGUUACGAAUCUGUGUGAGACGCGUCCAACCGGCCCUUCCGUCCUGCAGAUGGCCCACGUGCUAGGUGUUCGUGCUAAGCUAACCGGCUGCACCUCGAGGAGGCAACAUUACUGGUCUCAUAAAACUCUCAGCAGUAAAAAAGCAAAUAUGUGUAGUUUUCUAAAUGUGACAUUUUCUUUGAAUAUUUAAGUUGUUUAUGAUAAUCUACACUUUUGUAAGACGUGUUUAUGACAUUAUAAACUAUUAUGUUUUUUUAAAUACCCUUUUCCAUAUUA